UCUGAGGUCCUGUCUCUGCACCUGACGUCGCUGCUCUUUCAUCCUGUGACCUGGGAUGCCCUCCUGCACGCCCGCCCCUCACUUUUAAACCAACAAGCCACAGGACUGGGUGCAUGUGAGGACACGUCGACAUUUUACAUACAUUAUCUUAUUUUUGCCACCUGAUACCCAGGAUGUGAGAAGCUGAUAGAACCUGGCAUCCUGCCACUGAAGUUUCUAUCAGGCUGAGAAGAAGGGUCCGAUCUGCGUCAAGGGACGUGGCUUGGCAUCCAUUCCAGUGGGUGUGACUCUGGACCAAACUGAAUUUAAGCAGAGGUCCAAACUAACCAGGGAUCACCAUCGAAUUCAGGUGGAGAGAGAGAACGAGAGACCCAAGCCGAGAUGAGUUUGAAUGAGAAAGACAAGGCUGUCGUCAAGGCCUUGUGGGCCAAGAUUUCCAAGUCAGCAGAUGCUGUCGGCUCUGACGCUCUGAGCAGGAUGCUCUGCGUCUACCCACAAACCAAGACCUACUUCUCCCACUGGCCUGACAUGAGUCCCGGCUCUGCCCCCGUGAAGGCCCACGCAAAGAAAGUGAUGAGCGGAGUCGGUCAGGCUGUGGCCAAGAUUGACGACCUGACUAACGGCCUGCUGGAGCUGAGCGAACAGCACGCCUUCCAGCUGAGAGUGGACCCGGCCAACUUCAAGAUCUUGUCCCACUGCCUUCUCGUGGUGAUCGCCACCAUGUUCCCCAAUGACUUUACUCCUGAGGCCCACGUCGCCAUGGAUAAAUUCCUUGCCGCCGUGGCCCUGGCUCUGGCUGAGAGAUACCGCUGAGGCGACCGCAGUGUGGCAUGAGUUCUGCCCCACAAAACCAUAUAACGCAUGGUGAAAAAAUAAAGAAAGAAUAAACUUCAUGCCGCAAAAAAAUAAA